AUGACAGAGCCAGACAAUUUCGAAGAAGACCUAUUUGCAGACUUAUAUACCGAAGAUGAAGUACCUCAAAAAACUGGAGUUGAAGCAGCGCAAGUAAUAACUAAACAAGAACCUAUCACCCAGCCUAGCGUAAAAAUUGAAGCACAAUAUAGUCAUAGUGUGCAGAAUGGUGGUGAAACUGAGCAGACGUUCAAAGAUGAACGCGAUCUAGUCAGCGAAGUCGAGUUUAACCUGAACAGUAGCGCAGUCGGUAAUUGUUUUGAUUCAUCAGUAGACGCUCAUGGGCCUGGGAUUAAAGAAGAUGGGAAGAUGUUCAUUGGUGGCUUAAAUUGGGAAACGACAGAUCAAUCUCUUAAAGAGUACUUUUCUCAGUUUGGCGAAGUAGUCGAGUGUAUGGUGAUGAGAGAUGGCGUUUCUGGUCGGUCAAGAGGCUUUGGAUUUUUAACUUUCAAGGAUGCCCGGACAGUUAAUAUUGUCAUGGUUAAAGAGCACUACCUUGACGGCAAGAUUAUUGAUCCGAAAAGAGCUAUUCCAAGGGAUGAGCAAGAGCGAACCAGCAAAAUAUUCGUGGGUGGUGUCAGUCAAGAAGCUACUGAGCAGGACUUUAAGGAGUACUUCAUGCAAUUCGGACGAAUUGUUGAUGCCACUCUUAUGAUGGACAAAGACACUGGUCGGCCGCGUGGAUUUGGCUUUGUGACAUUUGAUAGCGAGGCGGCUGUUGAUGCAUGCCUGUCAGUGCCACUGGAGAUCCUUGGAAAACCAAUCGAAGUAAAAAAAGCCCAGCCGAGAGGAAAUAUUAAGGAAGAGGAAGAACCCCGGAGCAGUCGGGGGGGGCGAUUUCGAAAAGCUGAAGAGACUCAGAGCCCAAGUCAAAUUCAGCAAGGGAACGGCACUCAAGGAACUCAAGGUGGCAUGACCCCUCAACUUAUGGCUCAAUACUGGCAACGUAUGCAGCAGUAUAUGGCCAUGAUGCAACAAUCUAUGACGAUGGGUAGUGGUCGUGGUAUGCCUGUCAUGCCUGGUGUGCUGAAUCCAGCAAUGAUGAUGCAGAUACAAGCUAUACAACAACUACAGAAUCAGACAAAUCGGAGUCAAUCUCCUCAGAGCCCUUCGAACGCAAUGACAGGUAUGACGGGUAUAAAUCCUGCCAUGAUGCAGCAGAUGCAAGCAAUGCAACAGAUGCAAAUGCAAAAUAUGAGUGCUGCGGCUGGCACGGGAUUUAAUUCAGGUGGAGCAAGCAAUGCUGGAGGGCGUGUUGGAACACCUGGCUACAGUGCAUAUGAGCAGCAAGUUUUUGAACAGCAAAAGUAUGAACAACAACAACAGCUGCGAAGAGGCCCCCGAGAUCAGUAUGCUGGGCAGGGUGGAUAUAGCAAUGGCAUGGGUGGCGGGCCAACAUCAUGGGAAGGCAUGUAUGAUGAUGUACCUCAGCCCAAUAUCCCUGUUGCACCUUCUGGCAACAACCGCGGAAAUGUUCAGAGUGGUGCUCGCGGCGCCAGUCGAACAUCAGCCCCACCGCCAACCGGUCCCGGUAGUGCUCCACCCGCCAACGCUCCGACUGGUCCGAAGAACGCAGGAAAGCCUGGUGCCAAUUACCGCGGUGGUGGGCGCGGUGGAAACCGGGGAUUCCAUCCAUACGCACGUUGA